GGGAGCCCAGCCGAGUGCCGCCUGGGGCUGCGGGGAGUGAGGGGAGACGGAGAGUUCGGUGGAGCCCGGGCGGCAGAGCCGAGCAGCGGAUUGGCCAACGGCUCCUUUCAACCCUGCCUCGUUGGUGGCCACUGGAGAAGCGCGGGGGGCUCCCCAGACAGCCGUGGGGACAAGUUAGAGCCAGCACUUUAUCCCGGGCCUCGCGUGUAGCUUUCCCUCCCCUGUUCUAGGUGCCCCAGUGUCCAGAGGGGGGUGCGGGUGUGCCCUCCUUACAUGUUCCACCUCCCGGGCAACCCUUCGGUCUCGUGUUCCAUCUCGCUCUUGCUUCCUGUACCGUAGUCAAGUGGAGCCACUUUGCAUCAUGUCCCGGUAUAGCUACCAAAGUCUCCUGGACUGGCUCUAUGGGGGCGUCGACCCCAGUUUUGCAGGCAAUGGGGGCCCCGACUGUGCUGCCUUCCUGUCUUGGCAGCAGCGGCUGCUGGAAAGUGUGGUGGUCCUGACCCUGGCCCUGUUGGAGAUCCUGGUGGCCCUGCGGCACAUCCUGAGGCAGAAGGAGGACGGUAGGGGUGGCCGUAGCAGCCAGCCACAGCAGGUGACCCAGCGGCCAGAGGAAGGCAAGGAGAGCCUGAGCAAGAAUCUGCUCUUAGUAGCCCUGUGCCUGAUCUUCGGGGUGGAGGUGGGCUUUAAGUUCGCCACCAAGACCGUCAUCUACCUGCUCAACCCUUGUCACCUGGUCACCAUGAUGCAUAUCUUCCUCCUGGCCUGUCCCCCAUGUCCGGGAGCUACCGUCAUCUUCAAGUUACAGAUGCACAUGUUGAAUGGAGCUCUUCUGGCAUUGCUGUUCCCCGUGGUAAAUACCCGGCUGCUCCCCUUUGAACUAGAGAUUUACUACAUCCAGCAUGCUAUGCUCUACGUGGUCCCUAUCUACCUGCUUUGGAAAGGAGGUGCUUACACCCCAGAGCCCCUCUGCAAUUUCCAGUGGGCUCUUCUCUCGACUGGCCUCAUGUUCUUUUACCACUUCAGCUUCCUGCAGAUCCUCGGCCUGGUCACCGAAGUGAAUUUGAACAACAUGCUGUGUCCGGCCAUCUCAGACCCAUUCUACGGCCCCUGGUAUCGCAUCUGGGCCUCGGGACACCAGACUCUCAUGACAAUGACCCACGGGAAGCUGGUCAUCCUGUUCUCAUACAUGGCUGGGCCCUUGUGUAAAUAUCUGCUGGAUUUGCUCCGGCUUCCAGCCAAGAAAAUAGACUAAAGGUGCUUGGGGUUUUGGUUUUGUUUUAGUUCUGUUUGUUUUUGUUUUUGUUUUUGUUUUGUUUCUUCCUGAGGAAGCAAAUCCAGACUUGACUCAGAAUACCCAGCUCUUGAUGAAAUCAUUGGACAGGGCAGAUAGAAUGCUUGGUUUAUUUCCUUUCCCCUCCUCUCUGGCCCUUUCCUCCACUACUCUUCCCUCCCCAGCUCCUCCCCUCGGAUGACUCUUGGUGCCCAGGGAAGGAGCUCGGGGCUGGAGCUUACUCCUUUUCCUUCCCUUGGUUCUGGGCCCCUUGUGUGGCCCACCCCGUCUGCGUGGCCUUACCCAGGGAAAUGGUAGUCAGCAUCCCCUUCCAUAUGGCUUGUCGGUGCUUUUGACAACAGCCAGUUGAGGAAGGGGAGGACAAUGAGCAGUAGUUCUUCCAGCAUCCCAGCAAUGAAGUAGUGUUGGGUUCAUUUCUCCACUGCCAGGGACCUCCAGGCUCAUGCUGGGAUCCCCUUUCAUCUCCAGCAUAGCUCCCUACCAGAAGGGGACCAAGGCCUUGCUUCUAUACCAGCCGCAAGCCCAGAGCCAAGGGACUUCCCAGUUCACAGCCAAAAUAGAUUCUUUCAGUGACUGGUGUCCCAUGACUGAAAGCAGGGAGUCGCCCAGCCACUCCUUCUAAGGGUGCUGCCUGGGGCGGAUGAUGAUAGCAGUGUGCAGCUAAAGGACAAGAUUCUGUACAGGGGUGUUAGGGAUCUGUUGCCACAGUGAAUCUCAAGGAAAGAGGGUAAAGGUGGACAUAGUACCAGGCUGGACGACCCAGCACCCCAGAAAAACAAACAAGCAACCUUCCCUAUGAAAGCUGAGAUCAGAUCCACAUCUAAAAUGAGCAUAGAAAUUAAGAACUCAACUAAGUCAAAUGGCAACUUGAGAAAGCCACGACCUGAAUCACACUCUGUAUCGCAUAGGUAAUAGGCAGGGUUCUAGUCUCAGCUGACCCUGAACCAUCCUCAUUGUCUGUGUAUGUGUCUGUCUGUUUUUCUGUCUGAGGCAGCUUCAUGGAAGAACGAGCUGGGGUUGGGGCUUGGGUGCUGUUUGGCUGUUUGUCUUUUGGCUGUUUGAAAUGGGGGAACCCUCACAUUUCUCCAAGGUCCUCUCAAGCCAUUCCUGGCACUUAGGAGAUGUGUCUGUGGUUCCUGAAGGAAGUUUUAUGAGGGUCAGACUUCUUUUGUGUAGCUCGACUCUGCUGAAGUCGACAUCACUGGUUUGGAGGCUUGAUAGUGUCCAAAACCCAUAUGUAGGUUGAAAGGGAACUCUCAGUGGACCUGAGGCCCAUAGGAUCAAGUGUCCUGAAGGGAGGAGCUUUGGUUGGAAGGUACUUGGUUAUAUGUGGACCACAAAGGGUACCAGUGUCUGUCUAUCUGCUGACUCCUUGUCAAUGUCUAGUAGGAAGAGAUUUGCUUGGGAAUAGAAAUGUUUGUACCAUGAGCACCCCAUUGUCUUGUGCCAGAUGCAGUAUUCAAUGUGAGUUUGUGGGUAUUAGGCCUAAGCUGAACUUCAGCGGCUCGGUGGCCAUGGUUCUACACAAUGGACUUUCAGGGGAAGCAUCUGCAGGAAAGCACACGGGAACUCAGAGAAGCCAUUGUGGGACGGGCUGCCUGGCCAUGAGGUGAUCAAGUCCGAGGUACUGAAAGCAGGGAAGAACUCUAGGCUUGCUGCCCUUGAGCUCCUGCCCUGGCAUCUUUGCCUUCUGCCAUCUGUGAGGGCUAUGCUGAGCUUCCCUCCCUGACUCUUCAGGUACUGACUCGCCCUGCCCACUCAUAGAAGUUGGUGGAUGAAUAGCAUGCAGGGAAGCCUCCCUGGCCUGGGGCUUCUCUGUAAGGAGACAUCAUAGGAGGGGAGUCCAUGAGGCCCGAAACAUAGAACAGCGGUGGAGGGCCUCAGCCGAGGGGACCAACUCCAGAAUGCCACCGAGGUGGGAGUGUCACACAUCCUCCUUUCCCAUCUGAGGCUUCAUGGUCCAGGUCGCCGGUCAUCUUGGGUUUCCCUGUAUUGGCUUGCCUUUGCUUUGGUGCCAGCUCGGUAGGUAUUUUCUGGUGCUCAGAGGAAGAGCGGAAAUUCAAAGCCAGGUUGCCUGGCAUGGCCAAGCCAGAAUCAAACAUACGUGUCAGGAAAGAGGAAGUGAAGGGGACAUGCAGGGGCCUAGGUUGGUUAAGGAAGCUGAAUGAAACAGAUUGUGGCUCCUUCAACAGACUCCAUAGGGAGGCUCAGCCUGGGUUUGAGAUGUUGCGGAACAUGGAACCUCUUCACUGUCUAUAUAUCUCACUCUUACCUUGGUCCAAACCUACACGGCAAGAGGUAACCUGCCUAGGCUCUUAGCACUUUGCUGUGGGAGUUGUCCCUAGGUCUGUCCAGAGCCUACCCUCUACUGUCUGUGGUACAAGGAUGGAGAAGGCAGUAUACCUUGACUUGGCAGCUCCUCCUUGGGCCUGUCAUUCCCUACCAGCAUGUGUGAGCUCUGGGCCUGGGCGAGAGUGCUCAGAGAGGUGCCUAGCAGGAACAAACAAUGUCUCUUCAAGCCCUAAUUGUCUGUGGUCAGGGGGCUGCGUACAGUUGGCUAAGCCAGCGUCUCCGCUUAGAGAUCCUUCCUGCCCCUAGUAUUUGGUUUUGUAUAUAUAAGACUUGGCCCAGUGUCUUCUCAGAAGCCUUGCAGCAUGGUCUUCUGUCAUCCUGUGACAUGCUAUGGGAUUGGGGAGCCACCUCCUCCUCCUCUUUAAGUCUGUCUUCUGUCUUUCUGUGGACUUCUUUGUACCUGUGGGGGUGAUCUAUGGGGUCUGUGUGGGCUAAGUAGGGUUGGCUAUGCACUUUAGUCUAUGGUGCCUCUGGUAGGGAUUUGCUAUGUGUGACCAUAUGGGUGAUUCAGUGUUUCAUAAUGUAAUUACAAGUUUCUCAUGGAUAGCUCAGUGUCAACAGUGGAACUGGGGCUGGGUAAUGUCCUGAGCUGGGUGUUCAGGAGAUGGCACUGGGCCCCUUUUAAUUCUCUGCCAAAUAGACUUCCCUGGGAAUUCUGGCACCUGUCCUCUUUGGGACAAGGGUUUCUUAAUGGUUUCUACUGUAAGGGAGGCCAGAAGCAGGGGUGGGGAGGAGGACAAGACAUCGCUUCUGUUUUUUUGUGAGCCAGGAACAGGCCUCUCUGGCAACUUGGGAAGUCCCCAGACUAGGAAGGAGCAUCCUGUCUCCUCCUGGUCCAGCUGUCUCUGAGGUAAAAGUCCAUUAGAGGAGCUAGUCUUCCUCUGGUAUAUGCACUGUGUUCACUGUGUGCAGGAAGACCAAAUGGCUUGCCUUUGUCUGUGACACUUUUGUACACUGAUUUGCCACUCAUGGCACUGAGCAGACACCCAUCCCUACUCAAUGAAAAACCAGUCAAAACCAAAAGCUCUUUGAAGCAGAAGAUGAUGUUUUGGAAAACUCUUGAUUUAUUUUGGUGUCAACAUUAUGUUAGAUUUGAAAGCAUUCUUCAUGUAUUUGAUGUAAUUGUAGCAAAGAGACCAGGAUUGAAUGGUGUUCAGUUAUUUCUUCUGGGACAUGGAAAGCCUGUCCCCCAUCCUUCUUCUCAAGCUGAGACUGCUGUGUACUGUUACCCUCCUGUGCAGGGCUCUUCUGAGAGCCAGUCUCUGAACUCCCUAGAUGGCAGCAAAAUCAAGCCUCUUUGUCCGGCUGCUUCUGGGACAUGCUUCCCCACCCCCUCCAGUCUACCUCCCCUCUUGGGGUGUUUUUGUAAUGCGCUUUCUCUGUUUUGUAAAAUCCCUUUGAUUGUAAUGAAGUGGGUUCUGCAGCCACCUUUUGGAAAUAAAUGGUCCUUAAAUUGUGUACUUAGCAUUUUGAAUCUUAGCCUCAGGUGUUUCUGCUGUUGAAGAUUCCUGAAUGAAAAGAAACCCUCCCCAUGGGACUUAUUGUUACAAUGUUUUCUUCAUUUACUGUUAUUAAAAGAUUUAUGAGAA